CGCCUGCAGCAGUCUAAUGAACCUCGCCUUUCGCUGCGAUCACACAACAAAACAAAAGGCCUUAAAAUUCGCGACAUAUGUAAAGGAAGAUAGAUCACCACAACAACCAUGACAGAGACUACUAAAACGCAUGUCAUUUUGCUGUCAUGUGGAAGUUUCAACCCCAUCACCAAAGGACACAUUCAUAUGUUCGAAAAAGCCAGAGAGCACUUACACAAGACUGGACGAUUCAUUGUGAUUGGGGGUAUCAUCUCACCUGUACAUGAUUCCUAUGGAAAGCAGGGCCUUGUCUCUAGCAGACAUCGUCUCACCAUGUGUCAGUUGGCAGUUCAGUCUUCUGAUUGGAUCAGGGUAGAUCCUUGGGAGUGCUACCAGGAGACCUGGCAGACCACCUGCAGUGUUCUGGAGCAUCACCGAGACUUAAUGAAGCGAGUGACAGGAUGCAUUCUGUCCAAUGUGAACACACCCUCCACAACCCCUGUGAUUGGUCAGCCCCAAAACGGGACGUCUCCUAUUUAUCAAAACACUGCUAACAAGUCUGUGGCUAUUAAGCUAUGGGGAAAAAUGAGUGAGAAUCUGGGUAAAAUUUGCUGUGUUCGCCCACACAUGGAGCGUUUUACCUUUGUCGACGAAAAUGCAAACCUUGGCACUGCAAUGCGCUACGAGGAAAUUGAGUUGCGUAUCCUACUUCUGUGUGGCAGCGAUCUCCUGGAAUCUUUCUGCAUCCCUGGCUUGUGGAACGAAAGUGAUAUGGAAGUGAUUGUGGGGGAUUUUGGGAUUGUGGUGGUUCCUCGGGAUGGAGCUGACACAGAGAGGAUAAUGAACCAUUCAUCCUGGCUCCGAAAGCACAAGGAGAAUAUUGUUGUGGUAAAGGACGAGAUUGACCACCCGAUGUCCAUUGUCAGUUCAACUAAGAGCAGACUGGCUCUUCAGCAUGGUGAUGGUCAUGUAGUGGAUUACCUGAGCCAGCCUGUCAUUGACUACAUCCUGCAGAGUCAGCUUUACAUCAAUGCUUCUGGAUAGGAUGUACAGCACUGUUCCUGAGGGAUCUGUUCUUAAAGACUUGCUUCACCAAUCGGUUUUAAGAGACUGGGUCAUGUGGGCGUAGGUGCCCAAUAGGAGGAAGAUGAGAGAGUCUUGGUGCCACUAAAGAAACAAUGAGAUUUUGAAUUAAUUAGAUACACUUCCAGUCAAAUGUUUGGACAUACAACCUUAAUUUUUAUUCCUAUUUUCUACAUUUUGGAAUAGUAGUAAAGUCAUCAAAACUAUGAAAAAACAAAAAUACAAAAUAGACCAAAAAUGUUAAAAGCAGCUAUCCUUUUCCUAGAUUUGUGCACACUCUGAGCAUUUUCUCAACCAACAUUACAAAGCAUCCACCUGAAAUGCUUUUUAAACAGUAACAAAUAUGAUGAAUGAGAUCCCAUAUAUGCUGGGCACUUGUUGGCAGUUUUUCCUUCACUGUCUGGUCCAACCUUCUAAUUUUUUUAUUUAUGGAUUUAUUUAAUUGUUUAUUUGUUUAUUUAUUUGUAUUUUAUUUUAUAUAUAAAUGUACAUUUUAUAAAGGCAUUCAUACAUGGGCACAGUUUAUAUUUCUCUACAGAACUAAUUUUGCAUUAAAGCAUUUAAAGGAAUAGCUCACCCAAAAACUAAAAUGCUCUCAUAAUUUUCUCACCCUCAUGCCAUCCCAGAUAUGUAUGAUUUUCUUUCUUCUGCUGAACAUAAAUGAAGAUUUUUAUAAAAAUAUCUCUGCUCUGUAGUUCCAUACAAUACAAGUGAAUGGUGACCAGAACUUUGAAGCUACAGAA